AGUGUCCCCGCUAAAUCCCUCGACUAUUUAUCCUAGUCGUAGUACCUCUCCAAGAAGCCCCAGGAUCAUUUACCUUCACCCAAAACUCUACCUCAAUCCUCACCAAUCUCACAAUUCCACUUCCCACAAUGACAAUAUCCACGUCCCCAAAAUCCCCCCUGUCCCUCGAACCAGCAACCCUAAAAGAUAUCCCCGCCCUAACCGAACUCUGGUACAACGCCUUCCGCAACUCCCCCAUAAUAGCCAUCUGGCCCGACACCCCAGGCGUCCACCAAUGGUGGAACGAAGCCAACACCCACGACAUGCUCCACAAACCGGGCGAAAAGUACCUGAAGAUCGUGGAUACACAAACCAGGCGCAUCGCUGCAUACGCCAAGUGGUCUCUUGAAUCGGCGGAAGAACGCGGGCGACGAUUCCCUGCCUGGCACUCGGACAUGAACGCUCAGGGUAAUGAGGAGUUUUUGGAAAACAUGGAGACUGGGCGGGAUAGACUUGUUGGGGGGAGAAAGAAUUUCUAUUUGGAUAUGAUUGCGACGCAUACGGAGUACCGCAAGAUGGGUGCGGCGAGGAUGUUGAUCGAGUGGGGCUGUGCGGUGGCGGAUCGAGAGGGUGCAGCGGUUUAUAUUGAUGCUAGUCAGCAGGGAAGGCCGGUUUAUGAAAAGUUUGGAUUUGUAGAUUUCAGUGAUGAGAGGAGUGCUGCUGCUGGUUUGGCGUCUAUGGUGAGGGAGCCGAUGGUGUAAGAGUGAGCCGACUUCUUCCGUUUAGCUUUCUUUUGAUUUUGAAGCGCGAUAGCCGGUAUUUGGGAGUGAGCUAGGCUAAUCCGAGUAGUCUGUUCUGUGGUCCGGUCGAGGCCACUACACGUUGAAUAGAUUUACAGGCUAGGAACUGGCCGAGGAUGAGAGCAGGGGUAUAUUUCUGGACCGUUUCCUGACAGAAAAAUCAGGCAUUAUGGAACACAUCUUGGAAUCCCGGUCGAACGAGAAUACCGGCGGUAGAAUGAUUGCAAGGCGCAUCUUGGAG